AAGCAAUCGACAUAAACAAGAUAUUAACUAUAUAAAUCUCUAAACUAGCAAUAAACAUUUAGGUAGUUAUGUACUAAGAAAUGGCGUUAAAAUUGUACUUGUUUUUAUUCCUUGGAUUCACAAUUUGGAACGUACAAGCAAUAAAAUCAUCUCGCAUAAUUGGCGGCCAGGAUGCUAAAGCAGGUCAAUAUCCUUUUUCAGCAGCCCUUUACAUCAACACCCAAACCGGUAGAUAUUUCUGUGGCGGUGCCCUUAUUAGCAAUCAGUGGAUUUUAACAGCUGGUCAAUGCGUCAAUAAUGCUGUGUCUUUUACAGUACAUUUGGGAUCAAACACAUUGCAAGGAAACGAUUCAAAUCGUAAAAUUCUAGCAUCGUCUGAAUAUGUUUUACAUCCAGAUUUUAAUCCAGACACACUCGAGAAUGAUGUUGGUCUUGUAAAACUAAGAGAAUCUGUUUUGUACAAUGAUUAUAUACAGCGGAUUUUGUUAGCUUAUGAUUAUACAGACGAUGAGACUGUUCUUACAGGAAUUGGAUGGGGGCAGACUAGUGACUCCAAUAAUGCACUUUCCGAACAUUUGCAAUAUGUGUCAUUGGCUGCCAUAGCAAAUGAUGAAUGUGUGGCAGUUUAUGGGGACCAAAUUUCUGACCAUAUGAUUUGCGUAGCAGGACAGUUUAAUGAGGGAACUUGUAUUGGGGACACUGGAAGCCCACUUUUGGACAAUGAUCCUGUGAGUCGCAGUUUGCGACAUGUGGGGAUUGCCAGUUUCAUUAGUGGUAAUGGGUGCGAAAGCACAGAUCCUUCAGGAUACACAAAAACUUACUCCUUUAGAGAGUGGAUACGAAAUGUGACCAAUUUGUAAAAUCAAAAUGCAAUAAAAAACUAGCUGAAA